AUGGCUCGUCGAUGGCUAGGAACCAUCUCGCUUGGGCUCAUGGUGUUCGAAGUAUCCAAAACCGAUAACUUAGGAAGUCAAUUCGACAUAGCAACCGUCUUGUUGACGCUUGCUACUAUCGCCGCAAUCGCCAACAUUGCGGUUAUUACCAUGCUCAAGUUUGCGUUUGAAAAUCAUGGUUUCCAGCCUAAAAGAAUCGACUUCCUAUUUCUUUUGUCUCCGUUGGUCCUUCUGGAUUUAAUCAUUGUCAGUGUUCUAACCGGCCUUUUUCUCUUGUUCAAUUCCAUUCUACCCAGCUGGUUUGGUGCCAUUGCCGGUGCUCAACUCGUGUUUUUCUUAGUCUUCAUGUUGACCGUGUCCGUACUGGUAUGGAAAAGAGUCAGGGUACCUAAUGAAACAGAUGAUGGGAAAACAAGUCAGGAUUAG